AUGCUGAUCUACCAGGGCGCGGCGGCCUUCGAACUGUGGACCGGAAAGAAAGCCCCCGUAGACGUGAUGUACCGAGCCGCUCAGCAGGCGCUUGAUAGUGGACGAGACCUCAUGGGACCGAACAUCUAUCUGACCGGGUUCUCCGGCAGCGGCAAAUCGACCGUCGGUAAACAGGUCGCCGCCAUGACCGGCUGGACCUAUCGCGACACCGACGACGAGAUCGUCGCAGCCACCGGUCGCGCCAUCGAGGAUAUCUUCUGCGAAGACGGCGAGGCGGCGUUCAGGAAGCUCGAAAGAAGUGUCUUGGAAUCGGUCUCCCAGGGUGAACGGCAGGACUCCGACCCGUUGCGUCGCAUCAUCAGCCUCAAGGCCGAGCGACAGCCGCUGUACGCCCUCGCCCACUGGACUAUCCAUACCGAUGAGUUGUCCGUGACCGAGGUGGCUUCCGAGGUCGUGAGAGCACGCGAUAUCUGCUCGAACCGGGCGAGUUCGACGGAGUCCUAUGACGCCGACCUUGCGGCAACGGUGCGCACGUCCUCCGGGGACUACCCCGUAUGGGUGGCUGGGGACUCUCCCACUCGGUGGCUUGCCGAGCGGAAGGCCGAGCGGGCCACCUCAUCGUCGCGGUCGGCGGCGGAGUCGUGGCGACGUGGCCGGGUACGCGGCGGCGACCUAUCUGCGCGGUAUGCCGGUCGUGCAGGCCCCGACCACGCUCGUGGCGAUGAUGGACGCUGCCGCGGCGGCAAGACCGCCGUCGACCUGCCGCAGGGCAAGAACCUCGUCGGGGCGUUCAAGCAGCCGGAGUUCGUUCUCGCGGACGUGGAGGCGCUUUCCACCCUACCCGAGCGCGCCCUCGUUUCAGGUUGGGCGGAGGCUAUCAAGCACGCGCUGAUCCUGGACGAACCGCUGCUCAGAGUCUUUGAAGAGAACGUCGACGCAAUAGCAGCGUUGGAACCGGAGACGGCGAGCGACGCGCUCCGCCGGAGCGUCGCCAUCAAAGCCGACGUGGUAUCGCGCGAUGAGCGGGAGACGCUUGGCAUUCGCGCGUGCUGA